AUGAUGCGGGAGUAUAUGUAUAACUAUGUGUUCUCUUUAUUUCCACAAUGUGAAGAAAUUAUAAAUAUAUGUAAACAUGAUAAUAAAAAAGUUAUUUGGGAAAAUGAAUGUGAGAAGAUUAAAAAUAACAUAUUAGGUAUUAAGGAUUCUAAAAUUCAAGAAAUAUGCCAACAAGCAAUGCAAUAUUUAAGUGUAAUUUUUACUAAACUUCCAUAUAACACAUUAGAUCAAGCUGCUUUUAAAUACUUAUAUAUAUGGCUACGUAGUUAUAAUUUAAAUGAAAUUGGAAAUAAGAAUAUAGAAAAUUUUUACAAAGAAUUGAUUGAAUUAUAUAAUAAUAGUCUUAUUAGGCACUCUUCCUCGGAUGUUCUUUAUCAACAUAUUGAUAACGUUGAAAUAGAAGAACUCAAAUAUUUAUAUGACAUGUAUAAAAUUGUCAGUUUCAGCAAAAAAAAAUGUGAACCUGAUAAAAACAUUGAAUAUUGUAAUGUAGUAAUAAAUAUUAUAAAAACAUAUAAUCCACAAAAAUUAAUCAAUAAUAAUCAGGAUUGUAAUCCAAAAGUAUUACACAAUAGCCAGAAUAAAAUCAUAGUUUCAAUUAUUAUUCCUAUUAUUGUAAUUUUAGCUAUAUCACUCUUUUUAUUGGUUAUACAUAAGUUCACACCAUACGGCUCAUACUUAAGGUUGGCUACAAAAAUGAAAAGAAAUGAAAGUAACAAUGUAUAUGAUAAAUUCAAUAUGAUGCAAUCACCUGAAAUAUAUAAAAAUACUUCAGGGAAUAACAGUUAUAAUGUAUUAUAUAAUUAUGCUUAA